CGCUUCGCUGGGAUAGAAGUGGAUUGCGGCGAUGGACAACGGCAACACGUUCCUGCAGAUGGAUGACAUGAUGGACGGCGACGACCUCGGGCUGAUGGACAACUCGUACAACCCGUUCCUGACGAACCUCUCCAACAUGAGCCUCGCGCAGAACCACCACCCGGGCAUGCACAUGCAGCAGCGACCGGGCAUGCAUCAUCCCGCGAUGCGCCAAGGCCAAAUGUCGCCCGCGCACCUCGACGUCGACAUGAUGGCUGCCGGCAACCCGCAAGUCAACGUCGGUGCCAACAACAACACGACGCUCUUCCAAGCAUAUGCGUCGCAGUUUGGCAUGAAGCCGGCGACGCACAUGCCCGACCCGGCCGCGGACGCCAACUCGGUCGAAGCCUACGCGGCCAUGAUGGGCGUCAAGCUCGAGAGCCCGCGGUCCGCGAUGCAACCCAAGCCGGCUUUUGACGCCCGCGCGCAGAACAAUGCGGCGUACUUUGAGUCGCUCUUGAAGAUGCAGGCCGGGCCCGGGAUGGGCGGCAACAACGCCCACAACCUGACGUCCAUGACGCUUCCUGCUGGCGUUGGCGCUGGCUUCCACAUGAACCCGCACGUUGCGCCAGGUCACAACGGGAACAGCAACAUCAGUAACGUUGCGAUGCCUCUCGACGCACGUGCCGCCGGCCUCGUGACGAUGGACGGACCGGCGCCCGGCCCGAUCAAGGCGGAGAAGGCGAUGCCAGUCCAGUUCAGCUCGGGCCUCGUGGGCUCCCAGACGCUCUCGCCGGAGAUGCUUUCGUCGAUGAUCCAAAGCAACAUGCAGAGCGGUGACGUGACGUCGCACUCGUACGGCAGCAACACGUGGAACGCUUCCGACUUUGAUUACGAGAAGGACGCGCUCAUCUCCAAGGCCGACAAGAGCCGCGAGCGCAACCGCGAUCACUCGCGCAAGUCGCGCCUCCGCAAAAAAGUGUUUGUCGAGACGCUCAAGCAAGAAGUCAAGCAGCUCCAGAUCUACAAGGAUCUCGUGGACCAGAACCCAGAUCUGAUUGCGCUCGUGACGGCCGACCACGACCGCAAAAUGCUCUACGCGACCGCGUCCUUCUCGCGCGUGCUUGGGUACCCCGAGAAGAAGCUCAUGGCCGACAGCGUCAGCUUCUUUGAGCUCGUGCACCCGGAUCAUGUGGCGAAGCUCAAGGCGGAGCUGAGCAAACUGGCCAAGUUCCAAGACAUCAACAGCAUUCCCUUCCAGAUCAAGCACGCCAAGGGCAUGUACUGGAAGGCGGCGCUGUCGGCGCGCGUCGGCGAGCACGGUGUCGUCUUCACGUCGCGCGUCGAGAAGGAGAACCUGCCUGCGGCCUCGCUGGACCGAGCAUUAUAAAUCCCAGUCCCGAGUGCCAUUGCAGCACUCGGCGCACUCC